CGUGGUCUAGCCAUAACAAUGCAUUUCAAGGCACAUACACGCGCCAAGGAAUGUUUUCCGUUGCUGUGUCGUUAACGUUGUCGUUUCACGAGUGUAACGGUUUCUCGUGCUCAGGCGAACGUAGCCGUCAACUGACAGGUCGCUGGGAAGUUUCCGGAGACAACGUAUUCCCAUAUGCUGCAGCUGGAGGCGUUGUGUUAGCUGGUUAGCGUUAGCAAGCUAGCAGAAGCCCUGUCGGGGACAGUGUCAGGAUCUAUCGGAGGAAACAGCGGUCGAUUGGGACUCAGGCAACGGCUGUUAGUGUCCGGAGAUGGUGGUCGGUUAGACGAGGUGACAAGCAAGGAUACAUUGAUGGGACACGACGUUCGGAGGCUGGAACACCUGCCAUCUCCUCCUUUCUCAGUGAGCAAGCCAACUAGCUAAGAAAGGUUAAGACAAUCAAAGGCCACAUACAAGGGCCUCCACUGUACAGUUUCCUUUCCCAGAGUGUGACCCGUCUGCACGACGUCACCAAUGCGACCAUGGGAAAUAGCAGUAAAUAGGCUGCCACCAACAGCCCCCUUAAACCCAAGGAGGUUCCUUGGAGAGCCCUGCAGCGUCCCAGUGCAUCUCAGGAGAAGUCCACCUGUGAGACGCCAGUGGGUGAGACGAGACAGACCUGUGCUGCACCCUUCCCUGGUCCAGGAUGAGAACUUCCAUCAUCUGCUCUUCUCCCAGCAUCAUCAACAGGUUCCUUUAGAUGAGUCCAGACAAUACAGCCACACCAGCACACCACCACGCAUGCUUCACCCUGCUGCUCACCUGCCCCAGCAGAGUCCCAUCAUGGUGGAUCUACAUGACCAGAUGCACCAGGGACCAGUUCCAAUAUCAUACACUGUUACGACGGUGACGACCCACGGAUUUCCUUUCCACACCGGGCAGCCCCUUCCAGGGUGCAACACUCAGCAGCUCCCAGCAUGCUCGGUAAUGUUCAGCGGACAGCUCUCUCUGCUCUGCUGCCUUCCUCCUCCUCUCAUACAGGCAUGUACCAUGCAGCAUAUGCCAGUGUCUUAUCAAGCCUUUCCACCCCUGAUCUCCAGCGAACAUUUUGUAUUGCACCCAACCCCAUCUGUACCCCCCCACCAGCCGCCGCACCUUACUCCCUUGAGCCAGUUUCUCCCUUUACAGCCUCAGCACCCCCGCAUGCCUCUGCCGAGGGUUGAGAAUGAAGUUGACCUUAGAGGGGACCAGCACCCUCUAGGGACCUUCUCCUACCCUCCCUCUCAUCACCCACCAGCGCUGCCUCCUUCUCUGCCCUUGCAGUAUCUUCCUCAAGAGCCUCUGCACCAGGAGCUUCCUUUCGGAGUGCCAUAUCCCCACAUGUUGCCCCGACGAGUGAACGGACAGAGAUACCGGUUGCAGCAACCGCUCCCUCCUCCUCCACCCCCUCCAGCUUACUACCCAGGCUUCCUCCCCUACUUCCUGUCAAUGCUUCCUGUGCCUCCAACAGCAGUGGGCCCGGCCAUCAGUCUGGACCUGGAUGUGGAUGAUGUGGAGAUGGAGAACUAUGAGGCAUUACUGAAUCUUGCAGAGAGGUUGGGUGAAGCAAAACCACGGGGACUCACAAAAGCAGAUAUAGAGCAACUCCCGUCCUACAGAUUCAACUUGGAGAGUCAUCUAUCUGAACAAACGCUGUGUGUUGUGUGUUUUAGUGACUUUGAGUGUAGGCAGCUACUUCGGGUAUUACCUUGUAACCACGAAUUUCACGCCAAGUGUGUGGAUAAAUGGUUAAAGACCAAUCGUACUUGUCCUAUCUGCCGAGCCGAUGCCUCGGAUGUUCACCGGGAGGUGGAGUGAGAACUGUCUCUGAGUGCUGAACUGGAAAGCUGCACAAACCAGAGUCUGCCCCAAAGCUGGGGACACCUGCCACCUUGCCUGCGUCCUCCAGUAAAUAUAGCUUACCAACCCACCACUCCCGCCCCUUUCCUAAAUAAUAAGCAAUCCGGGAUUUUUUCUGGAGCCUGUUGUACCUCUGCUGUGCUUCAUGGUCUGAGUCUCAUGAAACCCACUGCCUAUUGCAGCCUAUAGCCAGAGUUCUGGGAUCGCCAGCCAGUUCUUUCUCUGCCCCCUUGUUGCAGAUUCCAAAGAUUUUCCCUACAAUGCAUUGUUUGCUGCUUUUGUUUACAGGGUUUCAUUUUUCUUUAUUGGAUUUGGUCGUGGUGUUCAUGAAUAGUGAGCUUCCUGCAUUGGAGCAAGUGAGUCAGGAGCGUGGAGGAUCAUAGGCUGGACACCUUGUGCAAUUAGCAGAAAAUAAAUAGGAAUACUUCAACAUGGGUAUCUGUGUUUGGAGACGACGCCUGACCAUCAUAGAUGCAUGAUUGUGUAAGGUGUAGGACAAAUUCUCUUGUUAAUAAUGUAUGUUCUGCAAUAAUAUUGAUCAUUUCAACAGUUUUACCCUUUAUUUGUUUUAGAUUUUGCCAAUGCUCUUGUGAAAGUGUGACUUGCUGUGGUUAAAUGCAGAUUCUGUUAAGCCUGAGGUUAUGGGACAUGCAACUGUGGUUUAUCUUCUACCCCAGAUAAUCCACUUUGGAACACAGAUCUGUGCAAAAGCAGUCAUGGAUUAAUGGACUGCGUCUUUUUAAGGGUCAUCUGGCAUAACUGCACAAGUGCUACAUCCACCCUCCACGUCAGCAUUGUUCCUCUGGCGAGUGUCUACUUGCGUCUGCAUAUUGUGUGUGUAUGUUUGUCCUGUUCACAGACCCGAUGCAUUGUGUGUAACCACUGGAUACAGGGCAGCAUGCUAGGAGUUGCAUGAACUGUUGAUUCAGACUAGCAAUAUUUUAAUCAAGCAUUGCCAACAAAAUGUAUCACACAGAAGCAUACUAAAAGAACUGCUUGUUUAUUCAGAAAGCGCCAUGAGGGAAGACUUGCAUGUGGUUCCACCCUGACCGUGUUUAAGGAUCAGAGUCCUCUUCUAUUAAGGGUAUGCUGUUGCCAUAGAGCUCUGGGGGCCUGUGCAGAAAGCAAUAUGUGCAGUGAGCGGCAAGUUUGACGUGAACAUUUGCUUGCCCUCUAUAGGAGGACCAGGCUUUUUAUUUCUUUGUCUUUGAGCCAAAUCCACGAUACAGAUAUAGCCUACUGUUCAAGAUUUCAGAUCUGCCUUCUUAUGACCUUGACAAGCACAAACCCAUUAGUAACCCUGAAAAUAAUUUGUGAUUUCCACUUGUUUUGAAAGUAUGUCAUUUAAGAAAAAAAAAAAAACUUUAUUUAUGGUUAUUUCUUCUAGACAAAAUGCAUUGAAGGAAACAGUUGGUGCACUAACAAUGUUUGUGUAUGGUGUGUGUUAUAUUCUGGUAACUUGGUCAGGUCAUUGUCUUAGGCCUUGGUUAUGGUGUUGUAGAAGAGCAACUGUAUGUACAGCUUCAGUGUGAAUGCUUUUAGAUCAACGUUUGAAGACAGAAGAAUGUUGAAAACCCUUGUAGAAGUCACUGGUGACGCUCCACGUUUCACCAGCUGUCUGUGUAUUCCACUGUGCUCGAGGCCGCCUUUAAAUGGCACAGAGCUGUGUUCACACAAAAAAUAAGAAUAUAUUUGGGGAGGGGGGAGAAGAGCAAAAAAUGACCUUUUUUGCAUUGGAUUCACUCUUGUCUCUUAACUGCCCCGGUUAAGCACUAACAGGCGGUCGUAACCUUUGCUUUUACGUGUGAAGGGAUCUUGCCUUUUACUUUACUUUUGUUUCUUAAGUGAAUGUGAGUCUUUGACGUCUGUGCCACCUUCGAGAGAAAAAAAGAAGCCAUUUAAUGAGUUAAACCCACAGCUUUGAGAAUUAACCUAUGUGUACAUAUCUAUUUCGCUGGCAUAUAUUGUAAGUUUAAAAAAAUAUCACUCAGGGCCUCUCAGUAUAUAAAAAACAAAGGAGAACAGUCCAUUUUAAAUGGAAAGGAUGCCAUGAAAAGGAUAUAUCUGAAUUUAGUUUGGUCGUUUUCCUCAGACCAUAAAAAUACUUUUAAUGUAAUCAAUUAUAAUAUUCUGUUUUGUCUGAAAUAGUAGAUAUAUCAUUUAACGACAGGCAUGCAAGAAAAAAAGAUCAGUAAAUAUGUUAUUAAUAUUCACUGAAAAGAGGCAAUGUACACUGCAACUCAUUACAAGUGUAUUAUUCAAACCUGUUUGACUUUUGUUCUUGUACUCAAACCAUAUGUUGAGACAUAGCGGUUGUGAUCCCAUUUCUAAACGUGCCGAGCUGCACACUAUCCUACCUAACUCACUCCCAAAUCUACUUCAGAGAUGUUUGCAUGACUUUUUAAAGAGAAAAAAAAAGUUAAACAGGUGUGUUAUAGUGGAGGAUAUCUCGGAAAUCUGGUGGGGACCUAUUUAAUGGUGCACAAUUUGCAUGCUUGUCGACCAGAUCCCAACUGAUUUUUAGCUCUAGUUGGCUUUGGAUUCUGGGGGUUUGGAUCUUAACGCUCAGCUGAUAACUGCCAUGCAUUGUACUGCACACAUUUGUAAUAGAACUGAAUGACUACAAGAUUUUAUUGCGCUAACUUCAUUUUAUAGAAAAAAAAAAGAAGAAAAAAAAAUAGCUGGUCUUGAAUCCAGAGAUUCUUACAUACAUUGUGUUACUGUUAUUGCCCUAACGACUGAAAAUAACAUGCUCUGAAACUACUGUAGUUUAUCAAAAGCCAUAGUGAAAAGGUGCUAGAUGUUCUGCUUUUAGGUAUGAAAACUCACUUGUGUGAAUGCAAUAGUUUGUCAUGGAUCCCAUGUAUUAUUGAAGCAUGUUAUACUAAUACCCCUAAACAAUGUUAGUGAAAAUCAAUAUAGUUUAAGGGAAUAAAAAAAGAAUAGUGUUGUCAUACUUAUUUCAGUGUAGUACUGUACCUGCCUAUCAGACUCUUCCUCUCAGUGUAUCAAUAUCUUAAAAUGUAUUGUUCACAUAUAGAUAGCUUAACUCAUGUCAAUGUUAGCACUAUUAUUUCUGAAAUAAAUAUUUAAGUUGACAAUAUUCAGAUAGCCUGUUAAAUACAAAGAGAUGCUCCCAUUAUAAGGCCUAUGUAAUGAAGUAAUUUUUAACAGCAAAUGAGAAUAGAGUCUUGUAGUCUUUCUGUUAAGCGUUAUUGAAAUAAUCUCACAGCUUGCGUGGUGCAAAAAUGUGUUCCAAUGAGCAGCUAAAGUUUAUUUAGGAUUUGUGAUUGAUUGCUCCGUAGACGCCAUUUAUUGUUUACCAAUGAUUUUUGCUGUGGUGGGAUAGUGGUUUACUGUUCUUACUCUCCCUGGCCUCUAGGGGUCCUUUGCCUGAACACCAGUCUACCCACCCGCCGACAGAGCCAGGGGCAUGUGUUCUGUGUUAGGCAGAUAUUUUGCUUUGGUACUUGCACAUUUACAGUUACCUCAUUUUUUCCAUGUUUGUAUUGAGGGGGGUGGGCGGGGGGAGAAAACAACUAAUAUAUAUUAUAUAUAGGAAAUGUUUCUUAUUGUUAUAAUUUUUCAUUCCAUUGGAAUCAUAUUGUUUGUAGCAUUUAACAUAACUAGUUAGUGUAUUAUAUAUACAUCUGUAUACUGUUUGAAAUUUUUAAGAUUUGUACUUUUUUUAAAUGAAAGUUGCUAGUUAUGCUUUACCAAGUAGUGCAAUCAUAUUUUUUUUUUAUUGUUGUGGCUGAUCUGAGAGGGUUGUUCACUAAUAAAUGUAUGAUGUAUACCAAGA